CCCGCCCUUCAGGGCACGUUGUGUCGGUAUCCGGACGCGGGCCGCUGCUCAGGUAAACAGAUGCUGAACUUUUCUCUGCCUCCGCCGGUGUGACCGUCCUCGCGCCGGUUCAGUGUAGCAGAAGAAGUUGGUGGAGGAGUGACGGCGGGUCGUGCGCGCGUCUGUCCCGGGCGGCUGUGAAGCAGGAGGAGCGAUUUAACCCGGAACUUCGUGCGCUUUUCAUGUCCACAUCAGAGAAACAACAAAGUUCCUGUUAGCAGUUAGCUUCAGUUAGCAACCGUGGGUCCGCUGCCGGGUCACCCAGCCCGGAGUAAAGUUCGAGUCCGGGUCGAGAGCUGCUCGGCGGGAGGGCAGGACACUCUGCGAACGGCAGUAGUGUUAUAAACGAGUUUGCGCGACAGCGCGCCGUUAGCCGUUUGUUACGGUCAGUGUUCACGGGAGACUUAGAAGCUAGGGGGACCGGAGCUAACACACCGGAGCUGGACUCUGUACACCGACACACCGACUGUGGAUGUUCAACAGGUCACCGACUGCUGCUGCUGAACCCGGGUGGUGGCUCACGCUCUGAGGUCAGCAUGGCGUUUCCUUGACAAACCCGCAUCGGUUCACAGUGGACCCGUCUGGGAUCAGGUUCGGUUUGACCUUAGGUGACACGCUGCGAUUUCUGGACAUCAAUUGGUCGUUCGUCGGCUACCUGUCAGCAUGCAGCUGACCUAUGAGAAGCUGCCUGCUCAGCUCAGGCGGAGCUCCAGACUCAGGAAAUUGACGGCCGUCCUGCUCACAGCGUAUGCCGUCAAAAAGCUGUCUCCAUAUGUGUGGAGGAGGCUGCAGAGGCGAGCAGCAGGUAAACAGCUGGGUGUAUCUGAUCCAUCAGUGGGUGCAGUGAGCUCUGCUGAUGAUGGCGGAGAGAAGAACAAGAAAGCGAAGAAGCAGAAGAAGAGUGACAGCAGGUCUCCGUCGGUCAACAGGGACUUUUUCCUCAGACUUUCCCGGCUGCUGAAGCUCUUGUUUCCACGGUUACUUUGUCCAGAGAUCGCCCUGCUCGCCUUACACUCUCUCACCCUGAUGUCCCGGACCUUCCUGUCGAUUUACGUCGCGUCUCUGGACGGUGUGAUAGUGCGGUGUAUUGUUCAGAAGGAUCCUCAGGCCUUCGUGCUUCAGCUCUCCAAGUGGCUCCUCGUUGCAGUUCCUGCAACUUUCAUAAACAGCGCCAUCAGAUUCCUGGAGGGUCAGCUGAGCCUCAGCUUCAGGACCCGAUUGGUUAAACAUUCCUACCAGCUGUAUUUCACCAAUCAGACUUACUACAGAGUCAGCAACAUGGACGGGCGUCUGUCCAAUCCCGAUCAGUCCCUCACUGAGGACAUCGUCAUGUUUUCGGCCUCUAUCGCUCACCUCUACUCCAACCUGACCAAACCCAUCCUGGACGUGAUCGUCACCUGCUACACGCUGAUACGCACCGCCCACUCCAAAGGAGCAAACACAACGUGGCCGUCGGUCAUCGCCGGCCUGGUCGUAGCACUCACGGCUAAAGUCCUGCGCUCCUGUUCGCCUCGAUUCGGGAAGCUUGUGGCCGAGGAGGCGAAGAGGAAAGGAGACUUGCGUUACAUGCACUCACGAAUCAUCACCAACUCAGAGGAGAUUGCCUUCUAUGGAGGACACAAGGUGGAGCUGGCCCAGCUGCGGAGGAGCUACACGUCUCUGUCCUCUCAGAUCCAUCAGAUCCUGCUGAAGCGCCUCUGGUACAUCAUGCUGGAACAGUUCCUCAUGAAGUACGUGUGGAGCGCCUCCGGCCUGGUGAUGGUCGCCGUGCCCAUCAUCACCGCCACCGGAUACGCUGAACACGACUCGGAGGAGGUGAAGCAGGCUGCCAUGGUGAUGAAGGAGGAGGAGCUUGUGAGUGAACGGACGCAGGCCUUCACCACAGCCAGGAACCUCCUGAACGCUGCAGCCGACGCCGUGGAGAGAAUCAUGAGCUCCUACAAGGAGGUGACGGAGCUGGCAGGUUACACUGCUCGAGUCUCUGAGAUGUUGGAUGUGUUUGAAGAUGUGAAUCAGGGGAUCUACCGCCGCUCCGCAGACAGAGAGAAGGAGGAGUUAACAGCUGAUGGAGGAGGAGGAGCAGUUCAACACGGGCAGAGAGUCUGUGGUCCGCUACAGAUCAGAGGUCAGGUGAUCAGUGUGGAAAAGGGGAUUCGCUGUGAGAACCUGCCAAUCAUCACGCCUACCGGAGAUGUAGUAGUGUCCUGUCUGAAUAUCCAGGUGGACGAUGGGAUGAACGUGCUGAUCACCGGUCCAAACGGCUGUGGGAAGAGUUCCCUGUUCAGGAUCCUCAGUGGGCUGUGGCCUGUUUAUGGAGGAGUCCUGUACAGACCGGAGCCAGAGCACAUGUUCUAUAUCCCACAGAGGCCUUACAUGUCAGAGGGGACCCUCAGAGACCAGGUGAUCUAUCCGGACUCAGUGGAGGAGAUGGUUCAGAGAGGACUCACAGAUUCAGACCUGGAGGAGAUCCUUCGCACCGUCCACCUGCGCUACAUCAUGGACCGAGAGGGAGGUUGGGAGUCGGUCAAUGACUGGAAAGAUGUUCUGUCUGGAGGAGAGAAGCAGCGGAUGGGGAUGGCUCGGAUGUUCUACCACCGCCCAAGGUACGCUCUGCUGGACGAGUGUACGAGCGCCGUGAGCAUCGACGUGGAGGGAGGAAUCUUCCAGGCUGCAAAGGAUGCUGGGAUCGCACUGCUGUCAAUUACUCACAGGCCUUCCCUUUGGAAGUACCACUCUCACCUGCUGCAGUUCGAUGGAGAAGGAGGGUGGAGGUUUGAACCUCUGGAUGCCUCCACGCGCCUCUCUCUGCAGGAGGAGAAGCAUCGUUUGGAGAACCAGCUGCUGGGAAUUCCUAAGAUGCAGCAGAGACUUUCAGAGCUGUGUGUCCUGUUGGGGGAGGCCGAAGGGGAGAAAGAAGAGAAGCUAGCCUCCUGAGAUUACACACUGAUGAUUUUAUUUACUGGUUAGCACUGAGAGAAACGCACACACACACGUUUGUAUUCCUUACUUGUAGGGCCCCGCGUUGACUUGAUGUAACUCCUGUAAUGUGCACUGGACACAAAGUCCCCAGAGAGCGGAAGUGACCGCACAUGUUAUAAAUACCCUUAAAAUGUACAAAUGCCUUUGUAAAGCAGAAUUAUCCCCAAAGUGUCCUCAAAAUGCAGAAAUGUCCUCAUAAUUCACAAAUGUCCUCACUGUGAAGAUAUGUCCUUACAAUUCAGAAGUGUCCUCAAAGUAAAAAAAAAAAAUCCUCAGAAU